GGCUGGCCCAAGGGACCAGAAGUCUCCCAUAGAAGAAGUGAAUGAUUUACUGCAGGCAGAAGACUCGCAACUCCCCUGAAGGCCAAGCAGGAACAGACUUUUUAAGAGAGUGCAGGGAGUGGAGCUCUGAGGCAGGUUUUCCCCAUUUGUGGGACUCACAGGGAAGCACGUGAUGCCGGGCGGAACCUGGGCAAGGCUGGUGACCGCGCUGAUGCUCCUGGUCCUGGGGGAAGGCCAGCAAGCUCCAGAGUGUUCUCCUGGGGGUCACCAAUUUCUUCAGAGUCCUUACAGAAGUGUCUACUUUGACUCCGUGUACUUCCAGCAGUCAGCUCCUCAAGACCUGAUCUGUGACUAUUCUCUCACCCCUGGAUGGUACCGAUUUCUCAUCUUUGACAGACCUGCUGAGAUGCCAACCAAAUGUGUUGAGAUGAACCACUGUGGAACUCAGGCCCCCAUAUGGCUGUCUCUUAGUGAAUCAGAAACACUGCCUCUUCCUGGAGAGAUCAAGCAACUGACAGGUUGUGCCACUUGGCAGCUUCUUUUUAGCAUUGAAAAGGAUUGCUGCCUCUUUCAAAUCCCCGUGUCUGUUAGGAACUGUGGCGAUUUUUUCGUGUACUUGCUGCAACCCACUCAGGGAUGCAUGGGCUACUGUGCUGAAGCUGUUUCUGAUGUGAAGUUACAUAUGUGUGGCCCUGGAGAAAUAGAAAUCGGAGGAGAAUGUAUUGGCCAGCUCUCCACAGGGUCACCUCCUCCACCUCCAGGCAGACCAAAGGUUACAAUGGAGCUGGUGGGCUCCCAGGUGUUUUGUAGGUGUGCUUUUGAUGUUCCCCCCAUAAACAACUCAGUGGGAUUCUUCAUAGCCUGGUCUAGGCUUUCUUCCCAAGGAAUCAAAGAGGAGCUAAAACAAGAGAGCACUGUUCAGGCGUUUUCUCUUUUAGAAUUCGAUGGCAUAAAUCUCAGACUCGGAGAUAAGAUAUCCUGCAGUGCUUCCAUCUUUUUCUUGGAGAAACCAGAGGUACAAAGCAUGGCUGUUGAAAGCCAGGAGUAUUUUGCAGGAAUUAAGUUAAAACCUGAGGUGAGCACUAUAUCAGAAGAUGGAAAGGAAUACCAGCUGAGGGUAGAGAGUACAAUUCCUAUUGUUUGCUCUGAAUUUGGUGAGCUUGGUCAAGGGUGCAAAAUCUCAUUAAAGCUGAGAACCACUGAACAAGGUAAAGAACACCUAGGUUUAAAUUUGGCAUUAUCUUCCUGCAACGUGGACCUUCACCAGAAUUCUUCUUGUGACAAAGGAAUAUGUAGCCAUGCUGUUGUGUACUACACUGCUGUGACAGAUUUUUCCCAGGAUGGAGAAAGAAUUACAGACAUCACUGUGGAACCUAUAGUCAGUGACGAGUUCCUGUGGAACAGAUACAUUCCAGACGGCAUCCAGAUAAAAGUCAAGGAUGUCCCGUCUGCUUACUGCUAUUCAUUUACUGAUCCACACAUAAUUACCUUUGAUGGCAGGGUGUAUGAUAACUUCAACACUGGGACAUUUGUGCUUUAUAAGAGUAUGUCACGUGAUUUCGAAAUACAUGUACGUCAGCGGGACUGCGGGAGCCUUCACUAUCCUGUGUCGUGUAACUGUGGCUUCGUUGCCAAAGAAGAAGCUGACAUAGUCACUUUUGAUAUGUGCAGUGGUCAAUUGCAUGAAUCCUCACAAUAUUUAUUUGUAAGGAACCAAGAGUCAUCGUCAAGCAAUAUCAGAAUAACUGAAUCUUAUUUAGGAAGAAAAAUUACGGUUUGGUUAUCCUCUGGAGCGUUCAUUCGUGCUGACCUCAGCAAGUGGGGUAUGAGUAUAACACUCAGGGUCCCUAGUUUAGACUACGGGAACACACUGGGGCUUUGUGGCACCUUUGACGAAAACCCGGAAAAUGAUUUCCAUGACAAAAACGGAAUCAAAAUUGAUGAUGAUGUCAACAACUAUAUUGCAUUUAUUAAUGAGUGGAGGCUUUUACCUGGAAGAAGCAUGUUUGACAAGAUACCAACUUCUCAACGAUUUCUGGUGAAACCAUCCUAUUGUAGCUGCCUGUUGGGAACAGCCUCACAGCAUCUGCUUUCUAACCAUCUGGACAGCGAGUCUCACUUAGAAAUGGCUUCCAGCUGCAAAGACCUCAAGCACAUCCAAUUCUCUUCCUUGAUACCAGACCUAGAUAUCACCUCAAAAUAUAUCAGUUCAGAUGCUCUUCUUAGAAAAAUAAGCACUCAUGCAACCAAGGAAGAAAAUAAUUUGAAUUUCUUACUUCAAGAAAAGUCCCACACAAACCUAACGAAACUGAAGUUAAAUUUGCUGCAUCCUGGGAAUGAGACACAGAACCCACUGAAACAUUUCAGUGAUGAGAAGCACACACAGGACCAGGAGACAAGGAGGAAACCACAAAACAAAUGGAAACGACAAAGCUGGAAGUCCUUUCUCCCCAUGUUUGCUUUCCAGAGUCUCAGACAAUCCAACCUGGAAGAGCUGUCUUACUUUUUCCCGGAGGACCUCACCGAGGACAGCCAGCAGGAGUUUGUCCCAUCAUGGCCCACGCCUUCCGGCCUCACUGAACCGAGCGUCUUGGCUCUUUGCCAGCAGACCCUAUUCAACUCCAGCAUCGGGAGGCUCUGUCUUCCCUUUCUUGGUAGUACUCUAAACCAUGUUAUGGGCAUGUGCGUGAAGGAUGUUCUGCUAAAGGACGACGUGAGGUGGGCAGAGGCAGGAGUGGCCUUGUUAGAGAAUGAAUGUGAGAGAAGGGUUUUAGAGGAAGGAAAAUACAACAUAGAAGAAUACAGGAAGUCAAUAGGAGGCAUUCUCGAAGUAUUAAAAUGUCCCGAUCUAUGCAGCGGCCAUGGGCAUUGUAUGGACUGGGGCUGUGCCUGUUUCCCAGGCUACCGUUCCUAUGACUGCAGUGACUCAUAUGACACAGGUCCUGAAAUCACAGAGCUUGAGAAUGCUGGAUUCUGUGAUAUUCAGAAACAGAAUUGUGUUACCGUGAGAGUUUUUGGACAAGGCUUCAAAGAAUCACCGUCCAUCAAGUGUGAAGUUACUAACCUGGAGUAUAAUGGUAGUAAAUGGGUACCUGGAGAAAGUCUGUACACACAGACAGUCUUUCAAGACAGUGGAAUUGUUGAUUGUCAACUGCCAACAGAUAUCCAGCAUUCUGAUACCACGGAUCUGAUGGGGGAGAAAUCCUUUGCAAAGUUGCAAUUAAAGGUAUCUAAUGAUGGCUAUGCAUUCAGUAAUCCCAAGAUAAUGACUAUAUAUGAUGGUGCUUGUCAAGUUUGUGGUCCCAGUGAAAUUGACUCAUGCAUUAUGAAGGAUAAUAUUUGUGUUAUUGAUGGUUUCUGCUACACUGAAGGGGAUAAAAAGGCUACCAGCUCUUGUUUGAUUUGUAGACCCCAAAUAUCAAACUCUACUUGGUCAUUUUUAGACAAUAACCAGCCUCCCAUGAUUCAAGCACUGCAAAAUAAAUUACAGACAUUUUAUGGAGAAGACUUUGAAUACCAGCUCAUGGCCUGGGAUCUGGAAGGCUCUGAAAUAAAUUUUACAUUGGAUUCUGGUCCUGAUGGAGCAGGCGUUUCCUCUGGAGGACUUCUUACGUGGAAAACAGAGUCACUGACUCCUCAGAGAUUCAUUCUCCGUCUUAGGGAUGACUGUGAGACUGAAACUACAGUCACAUUGGAGGUGACUGUGAAGUCUUGUGACUGCUUGAAUGGUGGCUCAUGUGUGCCUGACAGGAAAUUUCCUUCAGGAAGUGGAGCGUACCUGUGUGUCUGUUUGCCUGGUUUCCAUGGUGAUCUUUGUGAAGUUGACGCCAGCGGAUGCCAAUCAAAUCCUUGUGGCAUUGGCAAAUGUAUUAGAGGCUUAAACACUUACUCUUGUGACUGUCCUCCUGAGCUGACAGGCAAAAACUGUGAGUCAGAUGUUGAUGAGUGUGAAUCCUGGCCUUGUUUCCCAAGUGUGGAGUGCAUCAAUAUCUUUGGCUCUUAUCACUGUGGCUCAUGUCCAAACGGAUUUUACGGUGAUGGGAACAUAUGUCAUGAUUUGAGCUUUCAGUCACCAUCAAAUGAGCCAAGUUUUACUCAGAGUCCUGCGACAAAUAUCAAUGAGUUCUCACACUCAAUAGGUACCUCUCACUUGACGAUGAUAAAAUCGGUUACAGCUCAAAUGGAUAGUACAAAGAAGCUUGCUUCUCAUCAGACACCGGCUCAUGAGCAUGCGGAUCACAUUCUCAAUACAAAUCUUACUCUCAAGGGGCUAGAAAUUCCUGCAUACACUGGCACUCCUAACAGUUCUUUUGGGCAAAUAAGAGAUGCUAUAUACAGCACUGCUCAAACAGAGAUAGCAGGGCACAACGGUCCAACAAGCCAACCUUUGCAAGGUUUCACUCAGCCUGAGUUUACAUCACUGACCACUGAAGAAAUCACUAUGUUGACAGAGAAGUUUGGAUCAAGCAAAACAUCAAAUUGCACAGAAUCAUCUUGUUUCCCUGGUGUUUCCUGUGUGCCAACCAAAGAUGGUCACAUCAAGUGUGGACGCUGCCCCGUUGGCUACUAUGGAGAUGGGAUCAACUGUAGAGCAUUUUGUAGACACUCAUGUGGAAGAAACAGGGAAUGUGUUGCCCCAAACAUAUGCAAAUGUAAACCUGGUUACACUGGUUCCAACUGCCAAACUGCCAUCUGUCAGCCUGUUUGCACAAAACAUGGAAAAUGCAUUAAGCCUAACAUCUGUGAAUGUCCUCCAGGGCAUGGUGGAGCAACCUGUGAUGAAGAACAUUGUAGCCCUCCUUGCCAACAUGGGGGCACAUGCUUGCCUGGCAAUCUCUGCACUUGUGCUUAUGGAUUUGUAGGACCAAGGUGUGAAACACUGGUCUGUAACAGGCACUGUGAAAAUGGAGGCGAAUGUGUUUCACCAGAUAUUUGCCAGUGCAGAUCUGGCUGGAGUGGACCCACCUGUGGUACAGCUCUGUGUGAUCCUGUUUGCCUCAAUGGUGGUUCGUGUUACAAGCCCAACACUUGCCUCUGCCCUGAUGGAUUCUUUGGUGCCCAGUGCCAGAAUGCUGUCUGUCACCCUCCCUGUAAGAAUGGCGGCCACUGUAUGAGAAAUAAUGUGUGCACCUGUCGUGGUGGGUACACCGGAAAGAGAUGCCAAAAAAGCAUCUGUGAACCUAUGUGCAUGAAUGGAGGAAAAUGCGUGGGACCCAAUAUUUGUUCUUGUGCUUCCGGUUGGACUGGGAAGUGGUGUGACACACCAAUCUGCCUUCAGAAAUGUAAAAAUGGCGGUGAAUGCAUAGCUCCCAGCAUGUGUCAUUGCCCCUUGACCUGGGAAGGGGUACAGUGUGAGAAACCCAUCUGUACCCAGAAGUGUCUUCAUGGAGGAAGAUGUGCAUUACCUGGUGUAUGUUCUUGCCGCAUUGGAUACUCUGGCGUCAGAUGUGAAAAGAAGAUACAGGUGAAAUAUCAUUGAGAAACAUGAACUAUUUACAAUCCUCUAUCAUUAGAAAUGAAACUUGAUUCAGGAAAUAGUUGAAGAAAAUUUUUGAAGUUUAUUUGAACAUUGCUUAAACGUAUUAUAAAGACUAAAGAAACUAAUAAAAUAUGGAAUGUUCUAAGUCAACAGUAUUAAAGAAAAGCAAAAUAAGAACUUACAGUAAUUUGAAUUUGACUUCGAAGUGUGGUUUGAUAUUUACACAUUAGGUUGCUUUCUGUGACUACACCAUAUUUGCAAACUUGUGUUUUUCUCUGUUCCAGCUGUGACUCUGUAUCAGAGGUCAGAGUGCCAUGACACUUGAUGUCUCCCAGAUAUACCCUGUUUAGUGCAAUCAUUGGAGACUGUCAAGGCUUUUAUAAGAACUGCACGUGAAUAAGGAGAGCUAGAGGUUGAGAAGGCAUCUGCUGAAGGUCUGAGAGGUUGAUACUGAAGACUCCAUCGUAAAGCACUGACCUAGUGCUCUUUAGGAGCUUUACCAUUGCUGAUGCAGUCCUUGAUAAUCCUCAAACUCCGGCAACAAUUCUCAGACACACUGGGUUAGUCUGAAGCAUGUACUACAAUGCUGCCAUGAGGCUUUCAAUUAUCCCAGCACCUAGGUACAGAUACCAGCAGAGAGAAUAAUAGCUUGGAUCAAGCAACACCAAGGAAAAGAUGGUGGAAAGAACACAGAAGCUGUAGAAUGGGGAGGAGGCAUGUGAAAUGCUGUCUUCCGGACAUGAUAUUAGUAACACAGUCAUGAACUGAUAGCAACUUCAGUCACUGCACACAAGCUACAUAGCAUCAACUCAGCAAAAAUUCUAGCAUGAAUGGCCUAGAUGGUUUCCACACCCCAUCUCUGAUUAGCAAUUGGCAGUAGAUAGCUGCUAGGGAAUAAUUUCUUUCCCAGAAUAUGGUGGCUGGUAGAGUUCUCAUACUCCAGUGGAUGGUUCCAGACCUGAGCACACAGAGUACUGCUAAGUAGACUGGGCAAUCCAAAACAAAACAAAACAAAAAGAAAAGAAAAGUUGAGGGGAGGGGGGUCUUAUUGGGAAGAAUGUUGGCAGUUGGAACGUGUAAGUGGGGGUAGAUGUAGAAUACUUUUUCUUACCUGGAGAGGUAUUACUAAGAGCACAGUGCAGGUAUAGGGCUGAGAUAAGAGAGCCACAAGAAGUCACACCUCACUAAAGCCUGUGACAGGCAGACCAUGAUUGCACUUCAGCUCCAAAUCCUAGCUCUGCUUCAACCCAAGCAUAUGGACUUAUGUAGAAAAUUUUAGCUUCUUAUACUCUCGAAUCUAUUGCAACAUAAUGAUAGACAUACUUAUUUCUCAGGGCUGCUGGGUAAAUUUAAAGUUAAAAUGUGGCUAUUUAAGUUUUUAAGUGGCUAGCAUGCAGCAAAUGAACAAAGGCCAGGCAUAGUGCUAGAGUAUAGCUCAGUGGAGAACACUGACCUAUCAUACAUGGAGCUCUUGGUUCAAUCCUCAGCCUAAAAACAAAAAACAAAGCCGAGGAUAUGGAUUUUAGUCUUGUUAUUCAUAAUACUACUGGUAUAUUGUAUCAGUUAAACAAGCUGGUAGAAGCCACUAUUUGGCUUUAUGUUUUUCAGUGAUUACUACAUUUGUUAGGUUUGGUUUGUUUGCCAAGUUAAAGCGUUUAUGAUUUAAAAAGCACCAAGUCAGAAAUGUGUGAGUUAAGUAAGUAAAAGUGAGCACAAACUUUAAAGCAACUCAAACACACAAUUCCUUGUGGCUAGUCUUUCUUGUUAGCCAACAACUCCCAAAGAAUGACACAGAGACUUAUUAUUAAUUAUGAAAGUUUGGCCUUUAGCUUAGACUUCUUCCCAACUAGCUCUUAUAACUUAAAUUAUCCCAUUCUUAUUCAUCUAAAUUCUGACACAUGGCUUUUACCUCUCUCACAUUCUGUACAGCCGACUUGUUCUGCAUCUUCCUGGUGUCUCUCCUGUUUUCUUCACAGAGUUCCUCUCUUUCACCAGAAAUUCUGCCUAUUCUCUCCUGCCUAGCUAUUGGCCAUUCAGCUUUCUUUUUAAACCAAUCCGAAGGCAAUUUAGACAAAGAUACAUCUUUGUAAUGUACAAAAAGUUUAUCCCACAUUUCCCCCUUGUGUCUAAAUCAAAAAGGAAAGGAUUUAACUCUACACAAUAAAACUAUAUCCAAUAAGAACAAUCAUCAAGUAAGAAUAACAUACCCAAUGUUCAAUCCAUUUGUAUUUAGCAAAUUGGGGAAAGUACUCUAUUAAUAAUCCUAUCUUGAUGACUCCAAAGUUUUAUACCUAAAAAAACCACUUUCUAUCAUAGCUUGUACUACCAUUCUAAAAUUAUCCUUUUAGACCUCAAAACAUUUUCUUAGAUAAACAACUUAAGUUUUUUUUGUUUCUCAACCUUAUAAACUUUACAUCUCUUAGGUAAGUUUCUUUUUUUAAUUUGGUAACAAGGAAACUGUAAAACUAUAUUUUUUAACCCCAUCAGAGGCUUGAGAAGGGUAUAUUACCUGAGUAAACGGGAAAUGCAGAGCAAGUGACUUCUAAAACUGUAAAAAUGACUUCCUGAACAGUCAUCCAAGCUUCUUCAGCAAUAUCAGGACAUCCUACAGGCCUAGAAUAUCUGACAGGAUUUUCAGUGAAACCAGAAUGUUUUUAUAUUUUUAAGUACUGUCCUACCUUGUCUUGGCAAAGUUCUGCAGUUACUUUCUUUGGUGUCCUGCAUAUCAGAUUUGGGCAGCAUACUGCCAGUAGUCAAGGCAAGGACAGUUUCUUGCCCAGUACCUAAUUUUGCCACAAUGAAAGCAAACUCCGUAUGAAGUUUCCUUGAUGUCCAUCAUCCCUUUUUGAAGUAAAUUGGUGCUUGAGGAGCAAACAUGUCUCACUGUCAUGAGAAGCCUUAUGUUAUUAAGACAUCUUAAACGUUAUAUUUUGUGGGUCUCUGAAAUGUUUGAAGACCAUCUGCCUAUCUAAAAAAUAUUUCUAUUUGACCUUGAAAACAUACCUAACAUGACCACAAAUUUGAUUGUUAUAGAUAACUACUAAUCUGUGUUUCUUAAUUACCCUAAGUAGUUUGUAAUAAUAUCUUUUAAAGACUAGAACUAUACAUCAGCUAUAAAUGAGCUGCAUAGGUACACUACCUUAAAUAAGAGUAGAAACAUAUAUACACUAUAAUAAAGCAACCUUAAAUUUGCAUCAAAAUACAAAAUCCAUACCAAUAUAAUCUAUUUGAGAUUAAUAAUUGCUUUUUAGUUUAAAUGUAGGUUAUAAUAAUCUGUCCUUUUAUCCUGGCUGCCAGUGGUCAUGUCAGAGGAGCAGCAGGUGGCAAUUGAAUUUUGGGAGGUCAGUCCACCAGGAAGCAAACCUCUGAUGAAUUAAUCUUGGAUAGGCAAAGCCCUGAUGUCUUCAACCCAAGAAUGCAUCUUGCUACUGUUUGCCUUUACAUGUUUGCUACUGCCAUUUUUCUCUGGUAUCUGGCAUUGUGUGAAUGGGCAUGGGAGAAAUUCCCCACUGCCUUUAAUGUAGUGUGAUUAUCUCAUGGGAAUAUCCCAUUCUACUGGGUGUUUUUCCCUGUGGAUUGUUAUGAAGAUGAUUUCCUUCUAAGCUAUACUGUUUAACUGUAACAAUGUUUUUAUAUAACAAUAGUGUCACUUUAAAUAGGAUUUUGAUGAUUGGGGGUCUUUAAUAAAUACAGUAAGGGAUUAUGAUAGAGGUUAGCUUCAUGGGAAGAUUAAUAUAGGUAAAAGUAAGAUAUGGUGUUGCCUCCACCCCAAUAAAGCAGGGGUUGCAGAGGAUAGAAAGUUAGAACAAGGAAAUGUCAUACAGCCAGUUUCCCUUGAGAAGCCAUAUACAUUGUGACUUAGGCAAAUAAUUAAGAAAAACAAUUGUGUCCCAGAAGCCAAAUUAGCUUAAUUUCUUUUAAUCUUAAUGUCGAGAGGUAUGUUCACAGGCUUUGGUGUGUAUCACAGUUAAAGCUUUAAAUAAUGACUUAAAAUUAGGCUACUGCUGACUGACAUGCCUUUCUUGAAAGGAUGGGUCUGUGACUAAAGGUGAUGAUAAAUUCUUUGUACCAAUUUAUGCCCUUAGUUUCCUGACAUGAAAAAAAUGUUGACAAAUGGAUAUUCACCUUGAUGAUUUAAAAUAGAGGUGACUGAUUCCUUUUCAUAUAUAAAAGUUUAGAUUUGUGAUUUUUCUAAGAUUUCUUAUAUGAUUACUUAUUGAGAUAAGUAAUAAAUGAUUGGUCCUUUCUUUGUAACCACAAAAUGCAGCAUACAGGCAAAAGAAUGGGCUUAAGAAAAAUAUCUUGCUUACUUACCCUCUGUUAAUCUUUAAUAAGUUGCUUGGAUAAGAAUGUAUGUGGCUUCUUUGGAUAAUUUGUUAUAAUAUGUAGAAUGUUUAGCCAUGUAAAGGAAAUAUGAAAAAAAUGUUUUUACUUGUGUUCAUUGUAAUAUUCAAUUAAAAAUGAAAUGUAACCACAUUGUAGUUUUAUACUGACUGAGAGAUUUUGCUGGGGUAUAUAAGCUGUAAGGGAAAA